UAUGGGUAAUGUUUUGAAUGUAUGUGGGAAAAAGGAAAUCUUGUCACCGAAUGGGACGAGCAAACAGCCUUGGUCUAAAUCUAGUGGAGGUUGGACUACUCCUGAUACAACUGUGGCCAGCGAAUUUGUCAGCACCCUUUACGACAAUACAAGUUUCGGAUCUACAACAUUGGAUCUUUUCGAUGAGUCGACUCCAAAUUUGAGGACGAGUAAUGACCCAUCUACAAUAGAAAGUUCAAACAUCGACAACCAAGAUGAAAAACCGAGAAAGACAGUCCAAUUCGACGGAAAGAUUGACAGGCUUCAACGUUUAGAAUGCAUAAAGCAAUAUAUACUAGACACAGCUAAUCGGGAAGACAGCGCUCUUUGUAAAGCCAUAAAAGAAGGAUCGUCGCAUUCCAUUCGAGUAAUACAUGAGUUGAUAAAAUCUGGAGAGGAGGAUCUAAAUUUCAGAGACAACAAGGGAGACCCUAUAUUGUAUACAGCACUAUUGUAUGAACAGUAUGAUGUUGUGAAAUUGUUAAUUGAAUACGGAGCAGAGGUCAACCACAGAAACAAACAGUGGGAUCCUAUCAUAUAUACUGCUGUCCAGUCUAACAGAACAGAUAUAGUGGAAAUGAUGAUAAAAGAUGCUGAUGCAGAUGUGGAUUGUAGAAGUAGCAAGGGUGAUCCACUUUUAUACACUGCUGUACUGUCCAAGCAGAAGGAAAUGGUCAAUCUUCUUCUUAAAUACAGUGCUGAUCCUAAUAUUAGAAAUAACUUAGGAACGUCAUGUUUAGAAGAAGCAAUGACAUCAGAUCAGUUGGACCUAAUGCAAAUUCUCGUGGAAUCCGGAGCUGACAUUGAUAUAAAAGACAAAGAAGGAAAUAAUUUACUACAUGUUGCAAUGAUGUUCAAACAACUGAGAUCUUUGGAAAUUUUGUUAGAUCUCGGUGCCGACGUAAAUAUUCCAGACAAAGAGGGAAAUCCUGUUUUAGAAAUGGCUGUAUUAAUGGAACACACUGAUGCCAUAACGCUUUUACUUAAAUAUGGCGCCGAUGUUAAUAUGGUUAAUGAAAAGGGAAUUCCAGUGUUCUUCAAAGCAGUAAAACGAAAAGGAUGUGAUACAAUGAAACUGAUGAUAAAAGGGGGAGCCAAUGUCAACAUUCAGGACUCGCGGGGAAACACGGUUUUAUUUUUAGCAAUUGAACGGAAUAAUUGUGAAUUAUUGAAACUUUUAUUUGAAUGUGGUUGUGAUGGAAAUUUUCGUAAUAAUCAGGGACUAUCAUGCAUAGAAUAUGCUUUAGAUAUCAAUUCCGAUAGACAAAGUGUAAUCAAGACAAUUUUAACCUCUGGGUGUAUCAGCUACUCUGACAUAACAAGUCAGGAUAUCAAGACAGCAAUGCAAGUCAAGGAAAGGGAAGAGAAUUCAGGCAAGUAA